UAUGACGUAAUAAUAUUGGUUUGUAAGUUACUCUUAUUAGUGCGCCCUUCAAAGUUCCUGCCUUUUUGCCAAGAAACUAAUGGCGCACAAUGUGCUUGUUGUGGGGUUCGGCGAUCGUGUCUUCAAUUUCCCCGUCACAAAGGCUGUUGAAGCUAGCACGCUGAGGGGUUGGCUGGAUCAAAGACUGGGUACAGGAUCAGAUUAUCAUCUAACUCGUGGAGGAGCUCCUCUAGAAGAAACUGACAUCAUCCUCUGUGAAGAAGAAUGGGGUACAACCCUAAUAAGAGCUCACCCGGUACUAUGUGGUGGCAAGGGAGGGUUUGGUGCCCUGAUUCGAGCAGUGGGUAGUCGUGCUAACAGGAGUGGGAACAAGGAGGCAUGCCGAGACCUGAGUGGGCGGAGACUACGGGACGUGAACGCCCAGAAAAAUGUGACCAAGUGGCUGGAGGACGAGCCUGAGAGAAAGAGGAGGAAGCAGGAGGAGAAAAGGAAGCGACGACUGACAAAGAAAGUUCCUCCUAAGCACUUCUUUGACGACCGUGACUACAUGGAGCAGCUGAGGAGCACUGAAGAGGGAAUGGACGACGCUCUCAAACAAGGUCUAGAGGCUAGUGGGCAGAAGGGAAAACUACCUGCAUCUAACGACACUGCAGGACCUUCCUCUGCCAAGAAAUCAAAGUUUUGGGUUGGAGGUGGAGAGGAAGAUCUCAGUGAGUCUUCUGAGGGUGACAGUGACUCAGAGAGUCACGAGUAUAAGGGUGUUGCAUCUGGAGCUGGUACGACGGAGGGUGGGCUCAACUCGGCUGGUUCGUCUGACGAAGCUGCUCAAAGUAAACCGUCUGACGAAGAAGACAUGACGGGGUCAGCUGGGAAGAACAGGGAGUCUUCUGAUGGUGGCUCAGAGGGAGAGCCUUCUCGGGCACUUGCUGCUACACAUCCAGAGGGAGACGGAGAGACUGUUGGUGAGGGAGAGGAAGUCAAGGCAGGGAUAGACCAGGCUGAGAUUCAAGAUAGAGAAGUGGAUCAGAGUCAGGACAAGGCUGAAGUCACUGAGUCUCCUAAAGAUGAUGUCAGCACUAAACCUCCUAAAGAUGACGGGCCCCUCGACCUGAACGACUACAGCAGUGCAGGGGAGCUGGAGUCAGUUGGGGCAGAGAGACUAAAGUCGGUGCUGCAGUCCCUGGGUCUCAAGUGUGGCGGGACACUCCAGGAGAGGGCCGCCAGGCUGUUCUCCACCAAGGGAAAGUCACUGGAGGACCUCGACCCCUCCCUCUUUGCCAAGGCCGGGAAAUCGAGGAAACGCAAGAACAAAGCUCAGUAACUAUAAAAUAUUCAUCACCAGUGGCUUAAACUUUUAAACACCCAAACUCAUCAUUGACCUUUGACAAACUUCAUGUGGCAUUGAUACAGUACACACCAUAUGAAAUAGUUUGUAUUAUUAUUAUACGCACAUUUAUCUGUUGUUCAAAAAGUUUAACAGCUGUUUUCGAUUGAUUUCUCUCUGUUUGUCUUCUGAGGUCUUCCGAACCUUCAUCUUGAUGAUGUUACCACUGAUGGCACUCCUAGCCUUUCUGGCAUCCCUCUCCUUCAUGAACUGCGAGAGUCGAACAGGGCCCGAGGAGGGCUCUCUUCUUUUCUUCUUGUUCUUGUCUUUGUCUUUCUUCCGUUGCUUCUCCCGUCGUUUCUCCUUCUGUACUUAGCUCCCCCAGAUGGUAGUGGGCGGGGCAGUAGUGGGUGUGGUGAAAGGGGUGUGGCCAGAGUGUGGGACACCCUCACCGAGUCAGCAUAAAAACAACAGAAAUGGGGAAACAUCAGUCUUUGGUUCUAUAGCUCAAAAUUGUUUCCUCUGUAAAAUUUGUUUUCUUCCUCCCGCUUACUACAUGGUACCAACAGUCAUUGUACACACAAACACUGAGAUUGCACUGCAUUUGUACCAGUAAUACACACUCACACAGGUAUACAUACCAAUUGUUUGCUGUGUCGAGGGGAAGGCUUCCGUCCUCUCCUCACUGCAAGGAGAAGAAAAUAUUUGUGCAUCAGUUAAGUAUUUUGGCCUCGUCUCCAGGCCCUCUCAGAGUAAAGAGAGGAUCGGGAGAUGAGACGUCAGAUGUGAUCUCUCACUUGGACUGGAAACUGAUGAGUCGGAUGAAGACGAAGAUACGGACUCCUCUGAUGAUGAACUAUAACUACUGCUGCUCGGACUUCGUCUCCUCUUCCUCUUCUUCUUUGUGUCCCUCCUGGGGCCCUCGCUCUCUGAUCGAGAGUCUGAACCCGACGACGAGCUGCUGCGACCUGUUCGCGGCCUCUCUCUUCCACGA